AGUGUGGCCUGAUAGACUUAUUUGAAUCUGGCACUACGCUAUAGUAUUUAAAAUAAAUUAAUAGGAUAAUGUAUCAAAGCCGAUUUAGCGUCAGCUAUUUAUGUAUUUCAUGCUCCGCCUUCUUACUGCCGGUGCCCGGGAAGGGGAAGUGACGUACAUCCGGUGUAAUGGCGGCGCGGUGGGGCUCCAGGUGAUGUUUGCAGACAGAAAAAGUAAACUGUCAAGGAAUUCAGACCAUUGAGUAUUUGUUAUUUGGACCAAUUUGAGGAAUCUUUGAUUUAUUUGUCAACUGCAACAGAAAAUGAAAAGUAGUGUGGCACAGAUAAAACAUUCUUCUGGUCAUGACAGAAGGGAAAACUAUAAUUCGUAUCAGAGGACCUCCUCUCCAGAAGACAGAUAUACAGAACAAGAAAGAUCUCCACGGGAUAGAGAUUAUUUUGAUUAUAGCAGGUCAGACUAUGAGCAUUCAAGAAGAGGACAUUCUCAUGAUGGUAGCAUGGAGUCACGAAGUAGGGACCGAGAAAAACGCAGAGAAAGAGAAAGAGAUGCAGAUCGGAAAAGGUCCCGGAAAUCUCCAUCUCCUGGGAGAAGAAGCCCAGAAUCAUCAGUAACCCAGAGUUCCUCUGCUCAGGAUGAACCUACUGCAAAGAAGAAGAAAGAUGAGCUGGAUCCUCUCCUUACUCGCACUGGUGGAGCAUAUAUUCCCCCUGCAAAGCUCAGGAUGAUGCAAGAACAGAUUACAGAUAAAAACAGCUUAGCAUACCAGAGAAUGAGCUGGGAGGCCCUAAAGAAGUCAAUCAAUGGUCUUAUCAACAAAGUCAACAUUUCCAAUAUAAGUAUUAUUAUUCAAGAGCUUCUUCAAGAAAAUAUAGUUAGAGGAAGAGGACUGCUGUCCAGAUCUGUUUUACAAGCACAGAGUGCUUCUCCAAUCUUCACCCAUGUUUAUGCAGCAUUAGUGGCAAUUAUCAACUCAAAAUUUCCACAAAUUGGCGAAUUAAUCCUGAAGAGGUUAAUUCUUAAUUUUCGAAAAGGCUAUCGAAGAAAUGAUAAGCAACUUUGUCUGACUGCUUCAAAAUUUGUGGCACAUCUUAUUAACCAAAAUGUGGCACAUGAGGUUUUAUGCUUAGAGAUGCUCACUUUGCUCCUUGAAAGACCAACAGAUGAUAGUGUUGAAGUAGCUAUUGGUUUUCUCAAGGAAUGUGGCCUCAAAUUAACACAAGUGUCACCGAGAGGAAUCAAUGCUAUAUUUGAACGCCUUCGAAACAUUCUGCAUGAGUCUGAAAUUGACAAAAGAGUUCAAUAUAUGAUUGAAGUAAUGUUUGCUGUACGGAAGGAUGGAUUCAAGGACCACCCUAUUAUCCUAGAAGGACUUGACUUAGUGGAAGAAGACGAUCAGUUCACCCAUAUGCUCCCUUUGGAAGAUGACUAUAAUCCAGAAGAUGUUCUUAAUGUUUUCAAGAUGGAUCCUAAUUUUAUGGAGAAUGAAGAGAAGUACAAAGCUAUUAAGAAGGAAAUUCUUGAUGAAGGAGACAGUGACUCAAACACAGACCAAGAUGCUGGAAGUAGUGAGGAGGAGGAGGAAGAGGAAGAAGAAGAAGGAGAAGAAGAUGAAGAAGGACAAAAAGUGACUAUUCAUGACAAAACAGAAAUUAAUCUGGUCUCAUUUCGUCGUACAAUUUAUCUUGCUAUUCAGUCAAGUUUAGAUUUUGAAGAAUGUGCUCACAAAUUGCUGAAAAUGGAGUUCCCCGAAAGUCAAACAAAAGAACUCUGCAACAUGAUACUUGAUUGCUGUGCCCAACAAAGGACAUAUGAGAAAUUUUUUGGCUUAUUAGCUGGGAGAUUUUGCAUGCUAAAAAAAGAAUACAUGGAAUCUUUUGAAAGUAUAUUCAAAGAACAAUAUGAUACCAUCCAUCGCUUGGAAACAAACAAAUUGAGAAAUGUUGCUAAGAUGUUUGCUCACCUUUUAUACACUGAUUCACUUCCAUGGAGUGUUCUUGAAUGUAUAAAACUUAGUGAAGAAACCACCACAUCAUCCAGUAGAAUUUUUGUCAAAAUAUUUUUCCAGGAACUGUGUGAAUAUAUGGGUCUCCCUAAACUUAAUGCAAGAUUAAAGGAUGAAACCCUACAGCCAUUCUUUGAAGGAUUAUUACCCCGAGAUAAUCCAAGAAACACUCGGUUUGCCAUUAAUUUCUUUACUUCUAUAGGUCUUGGAGGUUUAACGGAUGAAUUGCGUGAGCAUCUAAAAAAUACACCAAAGGUCAUCGUGGCACAGAAACCAGAUGCUGAGCAAAAUAAAUCCUCCCCAUCUUCCUCUUCAGCAUCCUCCUCUUCUGAUUCAGACUCUGAUUCUGACAGCAGCAACAGCAGUUCAGAGUCUUCCAGUGAAGAGAGCGGUUCUUCAUCUACCAGCAGUCACAGCUCUGCCCCAGCUAAAGAAACAAGAAAGAAGAGACAAAGGAAGACCAGAAGUAAAGAAGUAGAUGAAUUGGUUAGGAGCCAACAAACAAAUGAUAGGAAACACGAAGAAAGAAGACUAGAACAAAGGCACCAGGAAACAAGGACUGAGAGAGAGAGAAGGUCGGAAAAACACAGAGAUCAAAAUUCAAGAGAUCCAAAUUGGAGAGAUCCCAUAAGGAAAUACAUGUCCGACAGAGAUGUUCCUCCUGAACGAAAUAAUUACAGUAGAGUUGUGAAUGACAGAGACCAAGAAAUGCACAUAGAUUUGGAAAAUAAGCAUGGUGAUCCUAAAAAGAGGAGAGGAGAGAGGAGAAAUUCUUUUUCUGAGAAUGAGAGGCACAGACACCGAAAUAAGGACAGUGAAAAUUUUAGAAGAAAAGAUAGAUCAAAGUCAAGGGAAACAAACAGAAAACAUUCAGGCUCUAGAAGUGAUGAAGAUAGGUAUCAGAAUGGUGCCGAGAGGCAAUGGGAAAAAUCUAGCAGAUACUCUGAACAAUCCAGAGAAUCAAAGAAAAAUCAGGACCGCCGAAGGGAAAAGUCCCCAACAAAGCAAAAAUAAUUCUACAAAAUGACACAAACUGGACAUGCCUUAUAUUAGGUUGAAACAGAUUAUUUUUUACAUUGAUUGGUGAACUUUAUAGAGAAUUCUUGUAUAAAGUACUGAUUUGUAUUUGUAAAUUUUAAAAAUGUUUUCUUUGUAACAUGUUUUAUAAUUGAUACAUCUCAUGGUCCUCCACAUAAAAUUAUUUGAAGAGAACAGUUUCACCAGAACAGGAUGUAAGUCUUACUUAUAUUUUGUGAAUAAAAUGAUCAAAUACUCAUUGAA